UUUUUUUUCGAUUUUUUGAUAUGAUUUCAAAUUUAUUUAUUUUUAAUUCAAAGUCUUUUCUUUCUUUGAUGUUGAGCAGGGCGAGUUUGAAGAGAGAUAGAGGUUUGUUUAUGUGAUGUUGGUGGUGGGCGGAUGUUUGGAGGAGGAGGGUAAAAUUUUGCUUUUAUUUUUCUUUAAUUAAGGGCGAAAGAAAUAUUUAGGGUGCGGUACCUAGUAAAAAGGUACGGUAUUUAGCAAUUCAGUAUAAAAAUCUUGGAAAAAAGGCCACGAAUUGCCAUAUAACUUGCGGUUCUGCUUUGCCAUAAACCAAUUGCCAUUGGAGGUUUCAACUUGAAGUUCGCGUGGUUGAAAAUUGAUAUCCAAAUGAAUAUAAAAUGUCCACAGAGUUCCCCACAAAGCACUUCUCUCUUGAAGAGUUGAACUGAAGUAGUACAUUACAUCAACCGAAAGCUCACAAUUAUAUUUGAGAGAAGACUCGUCAACGAUCAGACGAGAAGAUGGACCAAAAUCAAGAACUUGCACUUGCCCAUAUGAGGGAAUUGGUUCAAAAGCUUGGUUAUUCCUCUGAGGGAUAUGGAGAUCCAACCCUGAUGAGAUUCUUGAUUGCAAGAUCAUUGAAUACAGAAAAGGCUGCAAAUAUGUUUGUGCAGUGGCAAAAAUGGAGGGCUUCCUUUGUGCCUCUUGGCUGCAUUCCUGAUUCAGAGGUUGAAGAUGAAUUAAGUGGAGAAAAGAUAUAUUUGCAGGGCCUAUCAACAAAAGGAACUUCAGUUGUUAUAAUCAAAGCUUGGAAGCACUAUCCAUCCAAAGAUCAACCUCAAUUCAAAAAGUUCGUCGUCCAUAUACUGGACAAAGCCAUUGCAAGUUCUAUUCAAGGUGAAGAAAUAGGAAAUGAGAAGUUGACAGCAAUUAUUGAUCUGGAAAAGCUCUCGUACAAAAAUGUUGAUGCUCGGGGUUUGAUAACCGGUUUUCAGUUCUUGCAAGCAUAUUAUCCCGAAUGUUUAGCCAAGUUGUACAUCCUAAACAUGCCUGGAUUUUUCGUGCGUGUUUGGAGAUUUGUUUCCCGCUUUCUUGAAAAAGCUACUCAAGAAAAGGUAGUUAUAGUGACGAGUGAAGAUGAAAAACGAGAAUUUGUUAAGGAUAUUGGUGAAGAAGCCUUACCAGAAGAGUACGGUGGCCAAGCCAAACUUGUCCUCAUUCAAGAUGCCCAACUAAAACCAUUGAAUGGCUAAGUUUUUUUUCUUCUACCUUUAUUCAUAUAUAUUUGUACAAUCGUUAUAGCGAUGGUUCUAAUCUAUUAUGAAACUGGUUGAAUGUGUAUUCUAAUAUGUAUGGAUUGGUAGGAAAUAUUGAUUUCCUGAAAAAUUUAGUCUAACAUACUAUUAUAACAUUAUAUUAGCUUAGCUGUUCAAUUAACUUUAUGGUAAUUAUUAAUGGUCUAUUUGAGUAGUAUAUAUAGACUCUAUAUGUUAUUCUGGCC